AUGGCUACUAUAGCCCCCACGAAGAGCCGCAGCAACGCGACCCAGAUCACGCUGCCACGGGUGGACGUGGGGCUGAGCGGCCGCUACAGCUGCGAGGUGUCGGCCGACGCGCCCUCCUUCCACACCCACCUCGUCUCCGGCGACAUGGCCGUCGUCGAGGUUCCGGACGACGUGCCAAGUAUCUCUGGUGUGAAGCCGCGAUAUCGCACGGGCGACACACUCAACGCCACGUGUUCCAGCACGUGGUCCCGCCCGGCCGCCACUCUGCUGUGGAUCGUCAACGAAGAGCCACUCAACGCGCUCCUUGGGAAUGGCCGCGGCCUGAUUCGGGUACGUCGGUGUGCGCAGGCGCAGGAGCAGCAGCUGAGGCCGUACCCGGCGGAGGUGGAACCCGGGGGCGGCGGACGGGAGCGAGCGCGGCUGGGGCUGGUGCUGCCCCUGGAGGCGGCGGGCCGGUACCGCGUGCGCUGCGUGGCGCGGCUGGACCCCGUCUACUUCAAGAGCCUGGCGCCGCCGCCGCCGACGCGCCUCAGCUGGGGGCUGCUCGACGACGAGUACACGCACAGUGAGUACACCCAGCAGCCUAACCCCCAGGCGCUGCGAGUACGCUCCGCACCUGUCCCACCAGGCUCGACAUGCUCUGUGAGCGUGCCCUAA